GGAGAUAUCACUGUAAAAUUGUAUUUACCCAGCUGGUCAACAGUAUAGCAAUAUUCAUUUUCCCCAUGCAGUUUGCAUUAUUUCUUAGCUAAAUUCUUUGAAUAACAAGACGUCAUGCACCGAGCGUUCAUCCUGCUGGCGGUGGUGCACUUGCUGAGCGGAGUCUGCAGCGACGACGCGGGGCGGCAGGGCAGCAGUCCAACAGUGGAGGACAUGCCGAUUGAACUGGAAAGCUACGGGCCUCGGGCGCGUCUCUUCCUGGGCACGUCUACCAACACGCGCGUGGUGACGUUCACGAGCUCGACGGUGGUGCAGUGCGUGAGCGUUUUUAGCGCACAAGCGUGCGCGGGGCGGAAGAAGAGGCGAGAUAUCGGCGCAGUAGUACAGCGGGAAAUAGAUCCAAUUCUGACGUUACGAGAUGCUCCAGACCUGGCAUCUUCUCAGUCAACUCGUGACGCUGAUGACGGAAAGAACAGCGGCCGCAUCUUGUUCUACGCUGCCACCAUCUUCACUACUCUCACCUACACCACCUUUGCUGACAUUGGAAGGACUGCAACCGUGUCCCUCGCUUGCACUGUUGCCGGGAACACAAUCACUUUUUGUGGUUGAACUGGAAACUGGUACCUUGACUGUAUGUAGUUGAUUGCCUAGGCUCCUAAACGUGUGCGUUUUCCAAAAUGCGUGCGUCCCUCGCUUGCAUCCCUACGGGCAAUUUUAUUUCACUUUAUGGGGUUGAAUUUCAAGCGCCUUUGAACUUUUCUCGAGUUCCUUGUAAUGAAGGUAUAGGACAACUAAAUGUAUAUUGGGAGAAUCACGAAAAAAAUGUAAUAUGGAAUUUUGAAACAAAUAAGAUAGCCCAGACAUUCGCCUUAUCUUUGUAAAAGAAAACGUUUCGGAGUCCAGAGAUCCAUCCUCAGUUCGACAAACCUAGAAAGUAAAGACAGUCGGUUUAUAAUCCACACAGCAAGACUGUGUGAUAUUUUAGCUUAAUUAGUCUUUGUAAAUUUUAGGUUCUGAUGUUAGAAUUUGAAUUUUGGUUUAUAACCUGAUUGUAUUUACUUUCUAGUUUUGUCGAAUUGACGACGGAUCUGGACUCCGAAACUUCUUUUAUGAAGAUAGGGGGUGAAUUUCUGUGCCAUCUUGUAUUUAAA